AUGGCAGACAUCUACGACAAGUUUCUCACACCCAUUAUCAGCCUAGUUUGCCAAACUAUUGAGAAGGUUGCACAAGUCAAGGUUCUCACAAAGGACCAUGGCAACAUCGCUGAUGGCAUUAUCGUCACUGGUGAAGGUAUGGUCAACCUUUAUGUCCAGGAGAGCUUCGAAAAGCGAAUGGAUACGUUGACGCGUCCCUCAUUAGGACACAAAGUUCCAAUGCACUUCCCCUCCCCAACCGAUAGGGAUCCUUACCUUAUCUGCAACGGACAGACUCGGCCCGCAUUGGGCGGUGUGUUACUUCUAGGAGAUGCCGCCCUGGUAGCUGAGGAAGUCGUUGACAGAUCCUACUUCUCGGCUGCAUUCAUACCAGACGAAACAAAUAUGACGUUCUGGGUUCGUCCGCAAUACUUCGCUCGCAAGGGGGAUGUAUUGCCGACCAACACUCGCACCCCGAAGGCGCCGUAUGAAGUGGAGUUGCUGAACGAUGGAAGGGACGUCUUCGACCUCAAAGUCGACGUGUUGUGUUCAGACACCAUCGCCAAAGACGUCGUCGAACUCGAUGAAUGGGAAACCCGACAAUUGUUGUCAGAUACGCUCCCAUGGGUCUGCACUGUCACCAAAGAAGACCUCGCAGGCGUCCCUCUGACUCAAGCCAGCGCACCGGACGACACCAUGACAUGCUGGCACAUCGAAUACACGGUGGAAAUGACGUUUGACGGCCGCAACCUUUGCUUCAUUGCCACCAUUCCCCGAUCAGGAAGACUCGGCCAGGCCUGCACACUAGAGACGACCCGAUCGAGCGAUUCUGCGAGAUUGAUUUCGAGGGUGGACUGCGUCCUAUUGGAGCUUGAGAAACAGAGACCCGAGAAUGCGACUUGUUCCGCCAGAGUUUUCCUGUAG